AUGACAACCGAAUUAAAACAAGUCUCCUUCCCGCCAGAAGUGCUAGCUAGAAUAGUACCAGAUGUGUCACUUCAAAGACAUUUAUCAAUUGGUUUAAGACCUAAUUUACGAAACUUUUUAGAAUUUAAACCAAUCGAAAUUGCAUCGAAUGAAAAUAAUUUAACCACAUCAAAUAAUAAUAUCUUUGGAUCAUCCAUCAUUAAAAGUGGAAAUACCACUGUGAUAAAUACUAUAACUUUAGGUAUUGUCGAAAAUAAUGCUAAUGAAAAAGUAGAAGACGAUGUUUAUGUUUCAAUAUAUCCCGUAGUGGAUAUUCAAAGAGGUAGAUCAGGAGCUCCAUCAGAUGAAGAAAUGAUCUUAUCACAAAAUUUAUUCGAAACCAUAUUGCAUUCUAAACUCAUUCCUAAAAAAUCAUUAAAUAUCGAAUCCUAUGGAUUAGCCACUAAUGAAGAUGGAGAUAUAAAAAUCUUUUAUCCUAAUAAUAAUGAAACAUCAUCAUCAUCAAAUGAAUAUGAAGACUUUGAAUCUCAAAGGAAACGUUAUUCAUUCGUCCUUUUCAGUCAUAUAAAGGUAUUUUCCAAAGUGUCUACUAUUUUCGACUUGUGUCAUGUGUCGAUUCUUGAAGCUUUAAAAAAUGUAAAAUUACCUCGUGUAUAUAUGACAGAUUUUUCAACUACAAAGAUUGUCAUGAAAUCAAGAAAUAGUAAUACCAGAGGUCUUGUGGGAAUAAAUAAGAAUAAUAUCAACAUAGAUUUGAAUCAAGAUUUAUAUUAUGAUCUUGAAUUGAAUGGUGAUGGUGGAGUCAGUAGUAAUUUUGGAGCUAUAACUACCACCAAUAGAAGUGAAAAUGAAGAUGAAGAACCACAACAACAAACCGUUGAAUUAUUGGCUGAUUUGGAAGGAGAAGCUGAAGAAGCAACGAUUUUGUCAAGAGUAUCUAUCAUAGUUGAUAAACUGGAAAGAAUAAAACGUAUUAGUUUGAUCAAUGGUGAUAAUAAUAGUGAAAUUGGGUUGGAUUUACUACAAAAGGCAAUUGAUGUUGCAAAACUUCGAGCAAAAAAUGUAUAG